AUGGCCGUGAGCAGAUCCGUGUUCAGAGACAUUGCUCUUGCGUGGAACGUGCCAGCACAGUAUUGGUAUCUUCGAGAGCAUGGCAACGCGUCAGGUGCUUUUGCAAGACGUGUAGGUCGUGACGACCAAGGAAACGCUACAUCGAUUGUUGUUAUGCUUCGAGUACCCCAUUCACCGCGCAAUGAGGACAAAUCGAUCUGGUCGGCAUCUUUCAGUUGGGACGUCAAGAGGAAUUCAACUCGUGUCCUCUUCGAUGGCUUGACGUCUCACGACCUCUCCCAGUUCCAGCAGUACGCCCAAAUAGCCACUAAGGACUUCGUACACCCUUAUGCCAUGCUGAAUUUCACGGUAUCGCUUUUGGCCACAUACUACACCACUAUGAGACAGCACCUUGAGGUCGAGAUCGUCGGGCUGGAAAGGACGCUUGGUAUCACUCGCGGCUUCGAAGGCUUCCAAGGCUGGAACUGGAGUCCGGAGACUCUACGUUCUUAUACACAACAGCUUUAUCGAAUAACCACAGGCCCUAUCUAUCUGGAGCGACGUUUGGUAUUCUUGAUCUCAUUGGCUGAAUUCCUGCGCGACAGUCUAUCUCAGCUUGAGAAUGAGGUACCGAGCCUCUUCGCUGGCAAGAAAGACAUUUCUGUUGCGAACAAAUUGCAAGCCGAAGCGCUUGAGAAUGUUGUGCACCUGGUCUCAAACCAGCUGCAUCAGACCCGGUGUCUCGACAAAAGGCUCGGCAGCAUGAUGACUACGCUGAACACAAUCGUCGCCCAGAUUGACAGCAGGAGCAACUUGGAGGUCGCAAGAGCUGCACGCUAUGACAGCUCGUCUAUGCUGACAAUAGCCUUUCUGACCGCGACUUUCCUGCCACCGACAUUCGUCUGCAGCCUCUUUGGGAUGAACAUGUUCAACUUUGAGUCCUCUGAAAAUAGCGUUCGUGUUGUCUCGCCGCUUUUCUGGCUAUAUUGGGUCAUAACGUUGCCAUUGACGGUCGCAGUCCUCUUGACCUGGAAGUACUGGGAACACAGACGCAAUCGGUUGAUCGUUGCCAAUGUCCAGAUGGUCAAACAAGAGCCAAGAGUCAGUCAAUGA